AUGGCUCUGCAUGACCGUGCAGAUCGCAGACAAUAUUUCCCGUUUCUUGGACAUUGGAUAAAAGAUAAUGUCCCCCAUGUCUUGGGCUUUGACCCUGACUUUAUUGUUCUUAGUGUUUUGGGCCUGCUCCUUCUAGGCCUUUGCUACCUGGUGCUGAAACCACGUUUACCAACCCGCUGGAGAAGUGAAGAAAUCACGAAGCAUCCGGGCACAGUCAGGAGGAGAAGGAAAGGUGUAAGACGUGAAGGUAGGAGAUAUGACCAGAAUGAAGUGAAAGAGGCAAGGAGGCUGCUUUCCGUCCUGAAAAGGUGUCAGCCUCGGGCCAAGGACUUGUCUCCCUCCAACUUGGCCCAAUCUGAUUUCAAGCAAGAGCUUAUUGUCCUCCAUUCUUCUGAAGUCUCUCCUGGGGGAGACUCUAUAGUCAACCUUGAAUCCAUAAAAAUCUUUAACUUGAAAGAGACCUCAUCCCAGCCCUUUUCCCAUUCCAGCUUUCCCUCCUCAGCCAACUUUGUUUGUGGGGUGGAUUCCAAAGAUGGGGUCUCCAGGCCUCUUAGAAGAAGCUCUAAAGCUUUUCAAGGAGAAAAGAUAGGAACAAAAAAUUCAGUUCCCAACCUAGAUCAUCCUUGGCCUGUCACCUCAUUGGUGAGCAAAGAAAGACAGGGGAUCCUGAGACAAUUACCCUCUGAUAUUGACCAUAAGCUAACAAAGAAUGUCCAGACAAACUUUUCUGCGCUGCACCCAGAGCAGCAUGGACAAAAGGAGCUCUAUGCCCUUGAAUCACAAUCGAGUAAAACCUUGACAACGAGGGAGCCAGAAAGCUUCCCAGUGAUCACCAUGAAUCUCAGUCAUGCAGAAAUGACUCUGGCCACUGAAAGUUCCGCACUCAGAUUCUCAGUUCCCCAUGACCCGAAACUGUCAGAACUUGAAAACCAGAUGUUGAGUGAGUUAAGGGUUAAAUUGGAAAACAGGGAGCAUGGCCGGGCUCAAAGCCAUCCCACGGCCUUGUCCCUUGCCCCAGAUAACUGGACUCCCAAGACUUUACUGACUCAUACCCAGGGCAGCUCCAGUGGGGACACGGCAGCUUCCCGGCAGCAUGUCCACUCAGGGGAUAGAGGGAUCAGCGUGGAACAGCAGCAGAAGCCCUGGGUUCCUAAACAUGUCUCAAGGAAGUACCAGGAUAGGAAUUUCCCUCCAGCUGCGAAGAGAGUGAACCCUCUGGGACCUAAUGCAGGAGAGCUUGGCAGAGGGGAUGCAGGAUUGGGGACAUCCAGACACAGGAGAAAGGGCCACCCUACUCAAGACAACACAUUAAAGAAGAUGCUUGAGAGCAAAUCUUCUCCAAGCCCGUCAAUGAAGGAACAGCCUCCUUCUGAAAACAUUUUCGAAAAACAGUUGAAACGCUUUUUGCACUGGCUUUCUAAACCUAGCAUGACAUGCAAAGCACAAGCAAGUUCCCUGUCAUCAUCUGUGCGGAACAGAGUCCUACUUAAAGGUAGAGCUGCCUCUACUGGGACUGCUGAAGACCAGAAACUUAAGACAGAUCUUGGGAAGUUCCCAGAGGAGAAACUGGGUCAUAGGCAUGAGAUGGAUGUCGCCUGCCCCUAGGAACCCCUUUCCUCUCCAGUGAAGUCUGGGAAAACUCAGCACAAGGCGGAACUGCAGGUCCAGGCAGAGCCUGCCCGGGGCCAUCCCUGCAAUGACAUGGCUCCCUCCUGUAAAGUGAUUCGAUCCAAGUCUUGCAGCCAAGAAACUGCCUUUGUGGGCCAAGGUUAUCCUAUAAGGAUUAGACAGAUCAGAGACAAAGAGAGAAAACCCCAGAAAGUCAUGGCAUUGAAGGACCAGAAAAUGUGUCCGAGGCAUCCCCCAUCCAUGCACCAGAGGAAGCCUGUGCCCCCUCAGCCCACCUGCAGGUGUCAAUUCACUUAUCAGGAUGGAGGUGCCACCUGUGAUCUUCAUAGGCUUGGUGGAGCAUGGGAGACAUCCCCAGAACACCUGCAGCUCAUGAUCUUGGUCCAAUCACAUAAGUUAGCUCGUAUGUCUGAUGUACAUGGACACAUGCGCUCAUUCCGAACAAGUGGUUGUGCUUUUGUGCACUUUACCGUACAGUACUGUAGAAAGUACAGUAUCUUUACUUCAAUUCCAGGAUGUCUGGAAGUAAGUGUAAAAGCAGCAGUGAGCAUACUGAAGGAGGUUUCCCUCACCCGCCUUGAUCCUGCCACGCUGUGUGACCUUUCUUUCCAAUUCACCACUCACAGUGUGAGGAGACACUUGGCUGAAUGCCCUGCCCUACAGACUGAGAUCCUGUCUGCCUCAUCACGGCUCUGUGCUCGGGAUGUGGUCAUUGACAUCUCGCAGGGCUCGGCAAUUUCCGGAGGAGUCGCCGAGCAACAG